AUGUACCCCAACGCAUCAGCGACAACCUCCGGCGCAGAGCCAAACAAACCCCCGAUCUUCACGCACGUUUCAAAACACACCUCACCACCUAGACCUCCAAUCCACGAUCGCAGUGACAGCAACUCAUCCUCCUCUUCCUCCGAUGCCUCAAAUGUCGCGCCCAACACCGACACCCCAAUCUACCCAGACGGCAAGAUGUCGCUGGCGGGGAUCUCGCUGCGCGCAAUGCUCCUCGGAACCAGCCUCGGGCUAUCAGCAAGCAUGUCGUUGUUCCUCAGUACCGUGUACUUAACUCCACUCUGGCGCGUUCCCUUCUUCGUCGCCUCGCUGAGUUUGUUCCACUUCCUGGAGUUCUAUGUGACGGCGCGGUACAACACCCGGUAUGCGACUGUCUCCGCGUUCCUGCUGUCAUCGAAUGGAUGGGCGUAUAAUAUUGCGCACGGAUCUGCCAUUGUGGAGUGCCUUGUUUCGCAUCUUUUCUGGCCCGGGCAGACUGCUGCGGGGCGGUUGGUAACUGUGACCGAACCGUUUUUCGGAAGCUCGAUCUCGCUGCUGCUUGUCGCAGGCUUUGUGCUUCUGUUGAUCGGACAGGUUGUUCGGACUAUUGCUAUGGCACAGGCUGCUAGUAACUUCAACCACCAUGUGCAGAGUCAGCAUCAGGAGGGUCACGUUCUGGUUAAUACUGGCCUUUAUCGGUAUCUGCGUCAUCCGAGCUACUUUGGAUUCUUCUGGUGGGGUCUGGGAACCCAGCUGGUGUUGGGGAAUAUGGUUUGCUUUGUCGGAUAUUCCCUAGUGUUGUGGCGGUUCUUCUCGAGCCGUAUCAAGCGCGAAGAAGCUUACUUGAUCUCCUUUUUUGGUGACGAGUAUGUUGAGUACAGAAAAUCUACCCCCGUUGGUAUCCCGGGUAUUUAG